AUGAACAUCUCACAGUCUAUUCCCUCGUCCGUGACCUCCGUCGCCUUUUCCUUCCUCACCGCAGACGACAUCCGCCGCAUCUCCGUCAAGCAGAUCGUGAACCCCGUCCUGCUCGACGACAACAACAGGCCAAACGUCGGCGGACUGUACGACCCCGCCCUCGGUCCCGCAGACAGGAAAGACAUUUGCGCGACCUGCAGGGGCACCUCCUUCUCAUGCCCCGGCCACUAUGGACACAUCGAACUGCCCGCGCCUGUCUUUCACCCGCUAUUCUUGAAUCACAUGUACAAUGUCCUGCGCGCAACAUGUCUUUACUGUCACAACUUCAAGCUCGCACGACCUACCGCCAUUAAAUACAUUGCCCGAUUGCGACUCCUCGAACACGGCCUACUCGAAGCCUCCGAAGCCGUCGCCGGCCUGACCUUGCAAGCCUCGAAGAAAAAGUCCGUCGACAUGGACAUGGACACGGACGAGCCAGACGAGCCCGUAGAAGCCUUCGCAGCACGCAUCCAAGCCUUCGUCCAAGUCUCUCUCUACAAGGCUCAGACUCAGUCCGGCUCCACGCGCGACAGCUAUAAGGACUCGCUUGUCUACCAGGCACGCAAGGACCUCAUUACGGAGUUCAUGAAGGAGAGCCUCGUCAAGAAGUGCAACAACCCGGUCUGUGGCGCAUAUGGAUACACGUUCAGGAAGGAGGGACACACGAAGAUCGUGGAGUACGAUCUCAGCGCGAAGCAGAAGGGUCUGCACGAGACGAUGGGCUUGGUACGGCCAAGGGUGCUUCAACGGUCAAGACUCGACUUUGCCUCAUCCAAACGCGCGGCCAAGCGCCAACGGGCGGAGGAACGGUCAGAUGAAGAGGAUAGUGAGGAGGAUGAGCCAAUGGGCGACGCGACGUUUUCGGACGAAGACGAUGCUGCCCCGGAGAACUUGCACAAGACGGAUGGCGCGCCGCGCGCGGUCAGCGGUGCGACGAAGACCUCCCGCGGGCGCAACGAGCGCGUCAUGCCCGCCGACGAGUGCCGCGAACAUCUACGCAGGCUAUUCACCAACGAGCGCGAGAUUGUGUCGCUCAUCUUCGGUCGACACGGUCCUCUGGCACCCGUGAACGCUAAGGAGAACCUGAGCGUCGCGAGCGCGGACAUGUUCUUCAUGGACGUCGUCUGCGUUCCUCCCACGCGUUUCCGCCCUCCCGCGAAGAUGGGCGAAACCAUCUUCGAGCAUCCGCAGAACGAGCUGUUGACGCGCAUCAUCAACACGACGUAUCGGUUAAGGGACGUGAAUCAAGAGCUGGCAAGGGCGGAGGUGAAGGGAGCGGGGUACGACAAGGAGGAAAGGGAUAGGUGUUUGGCGAGGCUGAUCGAAGCGCUGCAGCAGCUGCAGAUCGACGUGAACAGCUUCGUGGAUAGUGGGAAGAACCCGCAACCAGUGAGGCAGGGCAAGCUGCCGCCUCCGGGUAUCAAGCAGGGGUUGGAGAAGAAGGAGGGACUGUUCAGGAAGAACAUGAUGGGCAAGCGAGUGAACUACGCUGCACGCUCGGUCAUCUCGCCCGACGUCAACAUCGAACCGAAUGAGAUCGGUGUCCCGCCCGUUUUCGCGAGGAAGCUCACCUUCCCCGAACCGGUCACGGCCGCCAACUUUCACGAGAUGCGGCAACUUGUCAUCAACGGUCCCAAGAUCUACCCUGGCGCGUCGAUCGUCGAGAACGAGGACGGCUCGCAGAUCUACCUCGACAAGCUCACGACGGAGCAGCGCACGGCUAUUGCGAACCAACUCAUGACACCUCAAGAAUCUGGCUCCUCCACCUCCCGCCUCUCUUUCGCCACGCGCACGCCCAGCCUUAACAAGAAAGUCUACCGCCACCUGCGCGACGGCGACAUGCUCAUCCUGAAUCGUCAACCCACGCUUCACAAACCGUCUAUGAUGGCCCAUCGCGCAAGGGUUCUGCAAGGCGAGAAGACGAUCCGGAUGCACUACGCGAACUGCAACUCUUACAACGCCGAUUUCGACGGUGACGAGAUGAACAUUCAUUUCCCGCAGAACGAGGUUGCACGCGCGGAGGCGAUGUUGAUCGCCAACACGGACAACCAGUACCUUGUCCCAACGAGCGGUAAACCAUUGCGCGGCUUGAUCCAGGAUCACGUCGUCGCCGGUGUGUGGAUGACGAAUAAGGAUACGUUCUUCACGAGGGAACAGUACUUCCAGUUGCUAUAUGGGAGUCUGAGGCCGGAAGAGGAGGCGCAUGAGACGGGACGGUUGGAGACACUGCCGCCGACGAUUUGGAAGCCGCGGCCGCUGUGGACCGGCAAGCAGAUCAUUUCGACCAUCCUGCUUAACAUCACGCCCGGACAUAUGGAGGGCCUGAACCUACACGGGAAGGCUAAAGUUCCCGCGGGCGUUUGGGGCAAAUGGGACGAGAAGCUGCCGACCGAAGCCGACGUCAUAUUCCAAGACGGCGAACUCCUAUGCGGUGUACUCGACAAGUCCGCGUUCGGCGCGACGGACUACGGUCUCGUACAUUCGGUCUACGAGCUUUACGGCUCGGACACCGCCGGGCGCUUACUCGGCAUUCUCUCACGCUUGUUCACCAAGUUCCUCCAGAUGCGCGCGUUCACGUGUAGGAUGGACGAUCUGACGCUCACGCCGAGCGGGAAUGCGAGGAGGGAGGAGAUCAUCGCUGCGCAUGAGGGAUUGGGUACUGAGGGCGCUAUCGAAAACUUCCCUUCGCUUGCGGGUACGCCUGUGGAGGAGCGCCAGGAACAGCUCGAGCGUCUAUUGCGCGAUGUGUUGAGGGACGACGAGAAGAUGGCCGGGCUCGAUAUGACUGUCAAGACAAAGCUCGCCGCCCUGACGAAGAAGAUCGCCGACGCUGUCAUGCCCCACGGUCUUUCGCGCCAGUUCCCGCACAACCACAUGCAAGCCAUGACCCAGUCUGGCGCGAAAGGUUCGGCCGUCAACGCUCAACAAAUCUCGUGCGCUCUCGGACAGCAGGAGCUCGAAGGUCGUCGCGUGCCCGUGAUGAUCUCCGGCAAAACGCUGCCGUCCUUCAAAGCGUUCGAGACCAAGGCGAUUGCGGGUGGAUACGUCGCUAGUCGGUUCUUGACGGGCGUCAAACCUCAAGAGUUCUUCUUCCAUUGUAUGGCGGGUCGUGAGGGUCUUAUCGAUACGGCCGUCAAGACUUCACGUUCGGGAUAUCUCCAGCGUAGUCUGAUCAAGCACCUCGAGGGUCUGCGCGUGCACUACGACAACACCGUGCGUGGCUCGGACGAUUCGGUCUAUCAGUUCUUCUAUGGCGGCGACGCGUUGGAUGUUACGAAGCAGAAGCACCUGUACCAGUUCGAGUUCAUCGCGCGGAACAUCGUCUCGCUGUCAAACAAGUAUCAGCCUGCGGCGGACGAGGCGGGCGCGGCGAUGCUGAAUGACAGGGACGCGGUCAAGUACAUGAAGAAGGUGCUGAAGAAGCCGGCGAAGAGGGCGCAGUACGAGACCGCUAUGGCGAGCUUCAACCCGAGUCAGUAUCUUGGUGCGACGAGUGAGAAGUUCGCGGAGAAGCUGUACGCGUAUCUCGAUAAGAACCCGGACGGGCUGAUCGACGUCGACGAGGAUGACGAGGGAGACGAUGCGAAGUUCAGGCCGUUGAGGAGGCAUCCGCUGUUGCAUUCAAAGCAUCUGCGCACGCUCAUGUGGCUGAAGUACAUGCGCAGUAUGGUCGAGCCUGGCGAGGCGGUCGGUUUGCUCGCUGGACAAGGUGUUGGCGAGCCGUCGACGCAGAUGACACUCAACACCUUCCAUUUCGCCGGACACGGUGCCGCGAACGUCACGCUCGGUAUUCCGCGUCUGCGUGAGAUCGUCAUGACCGCGUCUACGAAGCCCAAGACACCAUCGAUGACUAUGACCAUGGCCAACACUCUUACGCAGGAGGAUGUGGAUGCAUUCUCGAGGAGGGCGAGCCGUCUUCUGCUCUCGCAGAUCGUCGACGGCGUCACUGUGACCGAGCGUAUGGUCACCAACGGCUCCGCGCGGUCAAAGGUCUUCCGUAUCGCCAUCAAGUUCUUCCCCGAGGCCGAGUACCGUGCUGAGCAUGACGUCUCGCCGCGAGAGGUCCUCGCUUCGUUCGCUGUGCGCUUCCCAUUGUUGCUGCGGAAGGAGAUUGCGAACGAGAUGAAGAAGCUUGAGCUGGACUUGAAGUCCCAGAUCAGCGAUCUUGGGAAGGGUCGCAACGCGCCGGCCGGUGAAGCGGCGAGGGGUGGAGGCGAGGAUGAUGAUGAGGGAGGAGACGAGGCUGCGGCGGCCGACGAUGCGAGUGAGGCGGGCGACGGCGAUGCGACUGCCGCAAAGCGACAGAGGCAGAAGACUGAACAGGCGACCUACGAGGACGAUAGCGAGGACGAUGCGGACAUGCCGGACGAGGAGGCUGAUUUUGAGGCGGCCUUUGCGUCGGAUGGCAGUGCUGUCUCCGAUGACGAGGCUGUACUAGCGAAGAAGCCGAAGCUCAGCGCGCGCAUGGAAGCGGCGAUCAAAGCCACGGAACAGUCCUUCCUCGACUGCUUACCCGCCACCACGUCGUUCAGCUAUACACCAUCGGGAUGCGUAAUCGAGCUGAGUUUCAGUGCGGAGUUCCCCAAGCUGCUUCUCGUCGGCAUCGUCGAGAAGGUUUGCUUGAAGACGGUCGUGCGCGAGAUCCCGGGCAUCGCCGACUGUUUCCGCGUUCGCGAUACCAAACCCAACGAGCCGUUCAAGGUCACCACCAAUGGCUCGAACUUCAAGGGUAUCUGGCAGUUCACGUGCGCCGGCGAGGAGGACAUGAUCGACGCGAGCAGCAUGUACUCGAACGAUAUCUACGCUAUUCUCAAGACAUAUGGUGUUGAGAUGGCUCGCGCGGCGAUUGUGCAGGAGAUGUCGGGCGUCUUCGGCGUGUAUAAGAUCGAUGUCGACCUCAGGCAUUUGGAGCUCAUCGCCGACUACAUGACGUUCGAGGGCGGGUACAAGCCGUUCAACCGCAAGGGUAUCGGCAUGCACCCUUCACCGCUGCUCAAGGCUUCUUUCGAGACGACCGCCGCCUUCAUCUCGGACGCUACGCUCCACGGCGACUUUGACGAUCUCAAGACGCCGAGCUCAAACCUCGUAGUGGGUCGCCCCAGUCUGUUCGGUACGGGCGUCUUCGACGUGGUCGCGCCACUAUCAUAG